AUGGGGAAUUGCUCUAUCAAAGGCACCACUGGUGAAUGUCACCACUCUAUCCGGGUUCUGAGUGACAGUGGUGCUAUCUUACAAUUCAAAGGUCCUAUAACAGUUGCCCAAGUUCUCCAACGUUACCCUGGUUAUGGUAUUUUUCGCCAGGGUCAUGCCUCAUCACCUUUGCCAGAACAUGAGAGCUUAAGCUAUGGUCUUUUCUAUUAUCUUCUUCCCCUAAAGGAGGUGCAGAAUGAUCAGAGACCAAGCAACUCAGUGAGUGUUGCAGCAUCUGAUUAUGUCAAGAAUUUGUCAAAUGGGUCAGCUCUUGAAGUGCUGCCAUCAGCAAAGAAUGGUGUGUGGAGAGUGAAGUUGGUGAUUGAGACAAGACAACUAGAGGAGAUUUUGUCAGAGCAGGUGAAUACUGAAGCACUGAUUGAGAAGAUGAGGAUGGCUGCAACUGCAUGCUCUACUACUACUAGCCCUACAAGGAGCCGAACCAUGAGCACUUGGAAAAUGGGAUGGAAGCCAACACUCUUCUUCAAUACAUUCUGGGCACCUGUUAACAGUGGAAAAAUUACUAAAAGCAAUGCAGCUGCAGGGUCAGGAUUGGAUUUGGGUUCUUGUUAA